AUGCGUCAGCUCUCACUUCUUGUCGCCACUGCGAUCCUUCUGACUCCGUUGGAAGGUAGAAACACCGUCACUCUUAAAGGACCACCAUGUCCCGAUGGAGACGGUCUCUACGCAAUUGGGUGCAGUUCAAAGUACUUGCAGUGUGUGAAUAACGUGGAAUAUGAGCAAACUUGUCCAGAGGGUCUCUACUUUGAUCGUCUCAUGGCCAGAUGUGAACGUCGAUCUGCCAACCAUCUUUGCAAUGAUGCCAACCGAAGAACUCUAAACGUCCGUCAGAAGGCUGUUGCCGUCAAUUGUGUUGGAAGGCUCAAUGGUGACUACCCAAUGGACAAGAACGUCUGCAACGAGAACUAUUACCAGUGUGCCAACGGAAUUUUCUACAUGAGAAAGUGCCCACACAACCAAGUAUACAGUCCAGUUCUCAAGCGUUGCGACUACGCCACCAAUUGCAAGGCAUCUGAUGGAGUAAAACAGUAUGCUGCUGCCGCAUAUGCAUCGCCAACUUAUGAAGCCGACAAUUGGGUCGUCACCACAAAGGAAUUCGACAAUGGACACAAAGGAAUCGACUGUGCCGUUCUUGGAGACUUGUACUUCACCAACGAGAACCAAUGCUCACCAUACUUCUGGCAGUGCUCCAAUGGAAAGCUCUUCAGAAAGUCGUGCCCAGAAGGAUUGAUCUACGUGCUUAGCCAAAAUCUUUGCGACUAUCCACAAGGAGUCAAGGGAUGCCCAGAGUAUGAUGGAUCCGAGACAUCUUACGAGCAACCAACAACAACCACCACCACUUCUGCUCCAUACGUUCCAACCCGUCCAUCUCGUCCAUCCUAUGAAGCUCCAGUUGAUCCGGCUCCAUACGUUCCAGCUCCAGCUCCACCACUCCCAGCUCGCCCAGCUUCACCGGAGACCACACAAGCACCACACUACACUUUUGCCGCUCCACCAGCUACUCCUCCAACUGCUGCUCCAUACGUUCCAGAUGAAGCUCCAUCAGCACCAGUUCACUCUGCACCAAUUAUCGUCUACAACCCAGCUGUUCACGGGGUCUGCAACAAGGAUGGAUUUUUCGCCAUCAAACAAUGUCACCAAAAGUUCCUCUCCUGCUCGGGUGGAGUCGGACGUGUCAUCAUUUGCCCUGGAGAUUCAGUCUACGACCCGAGAACAACAAAGUGCGACCACGCUGAUAUUUGCCUCAGCCCUAUCAAACCAACUGAGCCAGUAGAUAUGUACAACCAUGGAGGAGCCAACAAUGAUAAGCCAGCCGAAAUCAAGGUUGACUUUGACUGCACUGGAAAGGCCAACGGUGUCCAUGUCAAGGAAUCUUGCACCAAACAAUUCUAUCGUUGUGAAAAUGGAAGAGCUUUCGCCGAAACGUGCCCAGCUGACUUGGUGUACAACAAGGCUACUGCCACUUGCGACUAUGCGGACAACUGCGACAAAAACUACAUAGAUUCAACCUACAACUACGAGCAGACUACCAGACCAGCACCAACUGUCAGAUAUGAAGCUCCAGUUAUCUACACCACCCAAAAACCAGUCUACACUCAGCCGCCAAAAGAUACAGAACGCCCAACUACCAUCUACGUCCGUCCAAUCUACACCAAGGCUCCAACCACAGUCGGAUAUGAAACUCCAACCACAACCGCCACUCCAUACAUCACUCAAGCUCCAGUCACCAUUCCAACGGUUGCUGAUGACUUCUCCUGUGCUAACUUGAUCGAUGGAAACCAUGCCUCCGGACUCUGCAAGAAUGUGUUCUACACUUGCGCCAACAAUCAAAUCACCGCUACCAGAUGUCCAGGAAACCUCGUCUUCAACCCUUACCUUGGACAGUGUGACUACGAGCAAAACGUCCGUGAUUGUCAAGGAUAUCAGCCACCAGAGACCACAACAGGCGCCUACGUUUACAUGGAAAGCUCCACCAGCCACUACUCUCCAUACUCCACCACGCAGAGACCAACCACCCCAGCAUACGUGCCAACCACCACCCAAGGAUAUGCUCCAACUCAAGCCGUGACUACUCCAGGAUACGCUCGGUCUUACGCUCCAACCACUCAACGACCAGCUUAUUCCGCCUUCUGUGAAAUGCUCGCCGAUGGAAACUACGGGAAGAAGUGCGAGCAAUACUUCUUCCAGUGUUACUUGACUGAGACCUACAGAAAAGAAUGCCCAGCUGGACUCUGGUACAGCAUUGAGAACGAUAGAUGUGACUUCAAGGAGAACGUCCAAGGAUGCCCAGAAUACAAGCCAACUCCAAACACACCCCCAGCUGCCGAGCAGCCACAGCCUCCAAAGUACGGAUAUAUCCCGAACAAGUAUCCAAACAUCGACUACACCACCACCACUCCAGGACCAGUUGAUACCACAACCAUUGCUGAGGCUUUCUCGUGCUACGGUCGUCCAGAUGGCAUCUACGCUCUCCCAUAUUGUUCCCAAGAUUUCGUUCAAUGCAUCCAUGGUCGUUCCCUCGUCAUUCCAUGCGCCACUGGACUCUUUUACAGUGAAAAGACUGGACUCUGUGACUACAAGGAGAACGUGGAGACUUGCACCAUCAAGAAAGGAUCGGACAGCAUCUCCACCAACGCUUGCUCCGGAAAAUCUGAUGGCUACUACUCCGCUGGAUGCUCCUCUCACUACUUCUCUUGUAUCGACGAGCAAAUUCGCAAGGUAAAUGGAACUAGUAAUAAUAAAAACGUGAAAUUUUUCAUUCAGAUGAGCUGUCCAAACAAGUUGAAGUUCUCACAGAAAAAGUCCACCUGCACAUACGCUUCCGACAUCGACGAGUGUUCCAUCUCUGCCAAGCCAGACAGAGCUCCACCAGCAGUGCCAUCCGACUUCUGUACCAUCAGACAGAACGGACUUCACGCCUUCCAGACCUGCUCCCCUCAUUAUGUAGUGUGCGAUGACAAUAGGGCAAUCGCCGGAACAUGUGCUGCUCCAUUGGUCUUCAACGGACGAAACCAGCAUUGCGACUACAAGAGCAACAACCAGGAGUGCGGAUCUGCGUACAUCCCACCAGUCACCACCACAACUCCAGCCGCUGAUGAGCUAAGCUACACCACUUCUGCUACUCCAUACCAGCCUCAGAAGACAACUUCGAGCGAACAGUACUAUAGAGCCUCGACCACCAGAGCCUACCAACAGCCAACCACCACGACAAAGUCUUACGAAGCUCCAACCACCACUGCCGGAGCCCCAACUACAACCUCGAAGGCCUACCAACCACCAACCACCACGACCCGGUCUUAUGAGGUCCCAACCACCACCACUCCCUCUCGUGAGGUUGAUGUGCCCACCACGACAGUGUCCUACACCCAGGAAACGUCCACAACUCCUGCUCAAGAAGCUACUACAACCACCACUGCCUCAUAUGCUUCUUAUUAA